UGCAUCACGGCCUCUUUGGUCAAGUGCAGCUGCUUAUGCGUUAUAUUGGAGCGCUGGCGUCUCCAUCACAUGGCAAUUCUGAUCUCAAUUCACCGUAGAAAUUGCUUAUAUAUGCGCCAUGCACGCCUCAUUCUUCAGCACAGAAUGCUAGAAAGCCACGUCUUUCGUUUGUCUACUAAUGCGCGGUUACCGGUUAUUCAAUAUUUGGUUUAUUUAUAGCAGUAUCGGUGUGAGUCUCACUGCAGCAUGCACUCGGGAUUGGCCGCCAUCUCUAGUCUUCCGCCUUACGGACACGAGCUGUCCAAUGAGACACGAACAGAUCAGUGUAGGUAUAUGUACUGCUUGUAUGCCGCUAAAGCCAUAUUCACCGAAUGAUGAUGAUAGUACUAUAGCAAAAAAAAAAAAAAAGAGAGAGAGAGAGAGAGAAGGCAAUGCUGCAGGGGAUCGGCUUCUUCGCUUGUCUCUUGGAUUAAUGCGUGCUCUGGGGCGGGAUGCCCAUUUGCAGCGCUGGACCAAUCGCCUUGAUUCAAGGCAGCUGCCGUGUAGAAUCCAGACCGCCUCACGGCAGACGCCACCAAGAUGAGUAAGGAUCCCAAGUAGUUUCUGCUUGCAAUGGGUGGCGACGGCUAUGAGGGAUGAUUAAUCACAUGGAU